AGAUAGAUAGAUAGAUAGAUAGAUAGAUGUAAAUUGGAUUAGAAAAUAGAAAUGUUGGUGAAUGAAGGGUAAGGAAGGGAGACAGAGAAAGAACAGAUGGAGAUGGAAAGAGGGAAUUUUGUGGAUCUGAAGCCUUUAAAGCCCUUAAAGCUGCAAAUAGGAGGCAGAGAGAAGGAGAGGAAGAGAGGAGCGAUGGAGGGAGGCUGAAGGGAGGUAAAUAAAAACUGGAAGGGAGAGCAGGAGGAGGAGGGUUUGCGUCGGUGUGUUAGUUGGCAGAGAGCGCUUGUCAAAAAAAGAGAAAGAAAAACGCUUCCUCUGACAGAAGGCAUGAUUCACAGCAGAGAGGGAGGGAGAGGAGCGGCAGAAAAACAGAGCGACGGCGGAGGAAGAGGAGGAAGACCAAGAGGAUACAGCAGAGGAGCAGAAGAUGCUGAAGACGAGAGCAGAGAGCCGAAUUCACAGACGGCUUCAGCGGCCGAGACGACGAUGACGACGGCAACAACAACGGCAACGGCAAGGUUCUGAUGUCAUCAGAGGGAAUCAUCCGUCAUUCCAGCUCCCGCUCCGGGAUCCAAGCAGCUUCCAUUGGAAACUAUGUCAUCAGGCUUAAUCCAACUUCACCCACACACACACACCCACACACACAGCUCUGUCGGCGUGUGCGCGCAGCUGAGACUUUAAUCAUCAAACAGCAGCAGAAUGAGAGGAGCAGGUCUGACUGGAUCCCAUCCUUCGUCGUUUCUUCUCCCUCUUUCUGUGGCUCUGAGGCUGACAGACCAACGUUUUGCUGGAAAUACAUUUAACUGGCUCUAAUCAGGCUAACGGAACAAUUAAGAAGCAGAAUAAAUACAAAUUCUGUCACAAUGUGAGUAAAGUGGAAGAGAAGAUGAGCUUUCCAGUGGAAAUAAAAAACUGUUUUCAACCUUUUGGAAUCUGAUUGGAAUAUUUCUCACUGUAGGAUUGUGUUUGGACUUCAGGUCGUUUGUAGUGUCCUCAUGUCCUGGAGCCAUUGACAGAAGGACGUUUCCAAACUUAGAGUCUCUUGACUUCUCAUGAAAACAACAGGAAUAUUUCUUAGUUCUUCACUGGAGAACAAGAAGGAUUUUCUAAAAGGGGCUUUCAUUCUUUCUGGAGACUGAAGCUGCACAUCCUGGACAGUCAGUAGUGGUUUGAAAAGCAGUUCUACUCUUAUUUUGUUAAUUAAAGACUUCACAAUUCACUCUUCAAGCUUUAGACGUGCCUCCCACCAACCCCCUGCACCAAUCAUGGGCAAGCCUCUCAGCCGCCCUGGGUGUUUCAGGAAGAGCUCCUGCUGCCUGGAGAAACAUGGACUUGGGGAUGGGGGAAUGGGAGGGCGAGACGUUGGGAUGGAAGGGGGUUAUGGCGACGGCUACAUCCCUCAGCGAUCCAUUUAUGACACAAUGUGCAUCAAUCAGCAGAUUGACAGCCAUCACCACCACUCCGGGGGGUCGGUGAGGCGGGACGGAGGGGGAGACGGGAGCUUCAGCUACUCAACCAGUGGCUCCCUGAGAGUCAGCAGGUCAGACAUGUUUGAUCCACAGCCACGCUCCUUAACUCCAAAUCCUUCCUUUGUUCGGCGCCUGGAUGAGAGAGCCAUCUACGAUUCCCUCAAGCUGGGAGUGGAGGACAUAGACGGAUGCCACUCUCCAGGACAUUUCAAUCGAUCCGUCUCUCCUUCUGUGUCCUCCUUUUCUGCUCCAGGAGUCUCCUCCUCAUCAAAGAAGCACCACCCUCACCACCACCACCCUCACUAUGGAGACAGCACAAAGAGCAGAGAGAGCCGGCAUUCCUGGAAAGCAAUGUCAUCUCCUAAACCCUUGGAGUGUGUGGAGAUUCCUCCAGUGGAGCUGAUAGAGCGUGGGGGAGGCAGCUACCUGAAUCCAGGCCACUACCCAGGACCGGGUCAGUCCUCCUCUCUAACCUCUCCUCUCAUCUCACCCUUCUCCGGCUCGCCUCUCUCCUCAGGAUACCACACUCCGGUGUUCUUCUCCCCGGCCAAACCUCGUCCCAGUCAGAGCCAAAGCCUGCGCUGUUCUCCUCCCCAUGUGAUGCAGCCCAGGCAUUACUCCCAAACCCAGAGCCUGAGGCUGUCCCCCCCCCAGGAGCUCAGAAGGUCCCCCUACAGGACUGCUCUGGUCCAACUGUCUGCCCAUGACCUUGAGCAAGACCUGGGUGAGCGAGGUGGUGGAUGGGGCCGCAGCGAGCGCGACAGGGACUGGGAGAGGGAGCGGGAGCGAGAGAUGGAGCGAGGUUGGGCCCAGCGCGAGUGGGAGAGAGAAAGGGAGAGGGGCAGGUUGGAGAGGGAGAGAGCCCGAGAGAGGGAGAGAAGGGAGACAUCCACUUUCGGGACGUUUGGUUAUGGCCGACCAGUUCCUCUACGCUCUGACAGAGACUCUGUGUUUAUAGAGUCUGAACACGGCUUGGACACAACUCCUCUGCUGCUCCCCCAGCCAUCCCCCUCCCCGUCCCCUAGCGGCGCUCCCAGGAUGGGCACUGGAGCAGUGGGCAGGAGCCGAGCCGGGUCAAAGGUCGGCCCAGAAGGGGUUGGUGGAGGGAUGCCGCCUAGGUGCGACAGUGGGAGUGUAAGUUUAGUGUUGGUGGACGGUAAAUCUGGUUGUGGGCCCAGAUUAGUCAGCGAAGUCUUAAUGGGAAACAUGUCUGAGGUGGAAAUGAGGGCGUUAAAUCAGGAGCACCAUCGGGUCGAAAGCUGGAACAAAUAUGACAACGGAUCCAGAUCCAGUGUGAAGAACCUACCUGAAAAGAGGAUGGGCUCUCAGGUGAAAACUCGACCAGGAGGUCGGGAUUUGGAGGGAAAAGUGCAGUCAGGGACAGAGAAUAAGGAGGGACAUAGAGGGACAUCCACCAAAGCUGGCGGAGCUACAAGUAGACAAGAGCGUUUCCCUGAACACUCAAGCAUGAGUGUAUCUGAGAAGAUUGUUGGUCCUGCAGACAAAGUUCAGGCUGAAGCUGCUCCUGUUCCUGAAAUCAAGCCGGCACUUGAUUCUGGGGGUAUAGGUCACUUCCAACAGGCAGAGAACAAAGUUGGAACAGAGGUUGAACCUGAAUCACAGUCUAAUGUUGAUUUAACAUCUGGAUCCAGUGGAGAAGCUAAAGCUGAUGCUGAGAUUGCUCUUGUUUCUAAGCCCGAAGCAGAAACUAGGAUCAGUCAUGGAGAAGUACAAGAGAGAGAAAAUGUCAAUCAAGCUGAAAGUACAGGUGAACUUCAGGUAACGUCUGUGGCAGCAGAUAAACCUGAAGCUGCUCCUGCAGAUCAAGCAGAGCGAAAGCUUGAGGAUUCUGGUAAACCCAAGUCAGGUCAUGCUGGGAAAAGCUCGAGAUCCAAGUCCAAAUCAUCCAAGUCCUGCUCCAGGUCUCGACCAGGCACAGCGACUGGGCUGCGUCCGGGAGUACUGAGUCCCCGAGAAAGCAAACAGCUGGAAGACUUUGAAUCAGCUGGACCACCUGAGGACAUCGAGUCCACCUGGCCUCGCAGAAUCAUAGUCCGAAAGCGGACUGUCCGCCAGGGAGGGGCUCUCCACAAUCUUCCUAUCCUCCCCCCACUCCCUUCUGUCUUGUCAGCCCUGGAGAAGAGGCAUCCACACCUACGGCAUGGUUCAGAGAACCCAUUAUCAAAUCUAACGAACCCUAUUGUAGGGCGAUGCUCACUGAGGGAAGCCGCUCACCCAGAGCCCGGACAGGGGAGCGGUUUGGUAGGCCGAGCAUCCCUCAGGGAGCAGAACUUGGAGCACUGGAGAGUCUGCAGAGAGCAAGAGGAACCUAGGAGGUCCAGAAGUCGGGAGAAACGAGGGGGGGAGAGUAGGGACAAGGCAGAGAAAAAUGAAAACAAAGGAAAGGAGGAGAAGAGAGAAGAAACCCUGAAGAAUGAGAAGGUGGUCGUGGAGGAAACCAAACAAGAUAAAGCAAAGAUAAACGUGGAAGAAAAUCUCCAGACAGAAGCUGCUAAAAACAAGGAAGAGGAAAAAGAAAUGGAUGUUGAAGUAAAGCCUGAACAAGUGGAGAAUCGAGGGAUAAAGAUUAAAGUUGGUCCAAAAGAGGAGGUAGAAGCAAAACUACACACAGAGAAACUGGAGGUGGAUGGCCGACAAGGAAUGACUCUUGGAGAGGAAGGAGGGGUGGAGGGUUGGGAUGCGGUUCUUGACAUGGUUAACACUCUUUGGGAUAAUGACUGGGAAAAAGGGGAAGCAGGUGAAGAAGAAGGAGGAGAUCCAGAUUCCCCUUCAGGCUCGCUGCAGCGAUGGCCUCUCCUCAGGCCACCCAUCGGCUUUGGGGGCUCUCAUCCUCCCUCCUCAGCAGCCUCAGAGCUCAGCCUGACAGAGUUGGAGAGGAGGGCCCGGGAGUUGGACUCAGACCUGGAACACCUGGAUCUGUCACAGCCCCAACGGGAUGUGUACCAAUCGCUGCUGGAACCAGGAAGGGAACGAGGCGACAUGUACCAAACACAUCCUGGGCCACAAAGAGACAAAGCUCCCCUUCACACAGGCGUUAGCAGCAGAUCCCAGGUCAGUCUGGAGCUGAAUGCGAUGACACCAACCGACACCGACAGGUCAACUAGUGACUGGUCAACUAAAUCUACCAGCACCCCCACUGCUGGACCGAGCUCCUAUAAGGAGGACAGCUCUCCGGACUCCAACCUGACACUGGAAUCUGACUCCAGUGGCGUCUUUCUCUCCUUAUCCAAUCAGAGCCAGGAGGAUGGCGGCUCUGACAGCGACCAGCCAAUCAGCGACUCUGAACUGGGCAGCAGCAACACUUCGCUAGAGAAAGACAUGGAUGAUGGAGGCUUGAAAGAGUGGGGAAGGGAGGAGAGCUCCGAGCUCCAGUGGUGCUACCCUUCAUUGCUCGACACGCCGUCCUACGAAGACGUGGACGGACACGGCGGCGGUGACGACUCGGGGUGUGGAGACGCCGGCGUGGACCAGGACGACCCUCCAGCAGAGCAACCUGACAUAAAGGCCUUGUUCACUGCCCCCCAGAGGCAGGAAGCGCCGUCCAGGAAGAAAGUGACCGUGAUGGGCAUGGACCCACCCCUUCCCCUUUCUCCUUCCAAGCAACAAAUCAAACACCUUCUAGAUCCGUACCAGAAGCCACUGAGAAGCUCAGGCCUGGACUGUGGGGACGUGGAUCCCUUCGUCCAAUCAGACAGCUUUGUCUACCUCGCCGUGUCUGCAAGACCUCUGCCCAAAGGUGAAACUGCCAGACUUAAAGAGAUUUCUACCCAUGAUGCAAAGCAGCACACCAUCCAGAAACAAGCAGGAAACACCGAAGCUGAGCGACCCACCAUGGACCCCAAGAUGGCCGCCAUCGCUCCUCAGAAACCAGAGGAGGGAGACUUCCUCUGCACCGACAGCUUCGUCUACCUGGCUGCUCCGGCAUGCCUCCUGCUGGGCCCCGCCGGAACUGCACCGUACGGUGGCAAGGACUCGGAUUCUGAGAGUUCUGGUUCUGGUCCAGUUGAUGUCUCGGUUCUGGGAUGCGGCUCAGUGGCAGGGGACAGCGACUGGGACUCGGACCUGUCUGACUCCGAUCCCAGUCGCUCCUCCAGGUCCGCCGGCCGGUCCCGGAGAGCCCCCGCCGGGUCAGACUGGGACAUGUACGGAGAAGCGGCCGAGCCCGAGGUUCUGGGAGAGCUGUUCACAGAGCCGGACAGACACGGCUGUGGGAGGUCCGGGAAACUCCCCGGCGGCGCAGAAGAGACAGAAACUGGGCCCGAGUCUCCAGCAGCAAAGACAGAAACGUCUUCAGAGCAGCAGUCCACCAAGAAGGUGACCUGGCAGUUCAAACCAGCCCAGAGGUCCGUCUGCACCGGAAGCAGGAAGGAGAAGGACCUGCCACGACUCCCAGAAACCGGAGGAGGGGACGGACACCGACUCUCCCCUUCCUCCUCAUCGUCUUCGUCUCCAUCCUCAUCGUCGUCAGGGUGAUUCCUGGCAGGUAGAAAGUAGCGGCUGAUCUUGUUGCUGUUGCUGCGGCUGCCUUCUCCAGCCUUGUACAAGCUGCAUUAGAGUUGUUGCUUUUCCUUAGACUAGCCCACAGAUUCUCGUGUAUAGAUAGUGGACUCGGUUCUGGCCCGGUUCUGGGACAAUAGGGUGAGAACAUUUAUCUUUAUUUCUUUUCUUAAAGGUUGUUUGGGCUCACUUCUGGUAAAUGAAUGGAAACCCAAACAACUUCCAGGGCGAAACCGAUCCUCAUUACUCUGCUUCUCAUGUUGACUGUGUCUUUUAUAAUCAUAUUCCACUUUACAGUAUUUAAUAGUGUUUCAAUAAUAUAUUUUGAUCUUUGAGAUAUAGAUAAAUAUACGUAUAUAUAUAUAGCUGUAAUGAUUGUGCGCAGAGGAUGUUUCUUCUUCUAGACCCAGAUAAUGAAUGUUGUCAUGGAGCAAACCGCUUUCUGCUGUUUAUCUGCGGCCAUAUUUAGCAGAAUGCAGCCGGGUUCUGAUAGAAACGGUUCUGGAUGUGGCUCAGUCUGGUCCGUUUCCAUGUUUUCACAGCUUUUGUUACAUAACCCUUCUGCAAGUUAGGCAUUAUAUCAAUAAUAAUACAAAGUUAAACUCAGUUGCUUCCGUCAUGGUUCACAUUAGUCCAGACCCGGUUCCGAAUGCAUCCAGCUUUUCUCUGAUCCACAGAGGCUCACAUAUAUACAUACACCCAGCCGAACCUUUCACAUGCAGUGCUGGAGGUUCAAAGUUCAUGAGUGAGAGCGGCUGGUUGCUAGGCUAACCCUAGCCUGCAGCAAACAAGAUCGGUUCUUAAACAUGGUCAGAACUGAGCAGAACCAGAGAAAGUCCGUUCAUUUCUAGAUUCUAGCAUCACCAGUUCAACGGGCCGACAUGUCCGGAUGUGUUGCCUCAUCCGGACCCUUCGAUCGAAGGUCCAACCGGGAGUCGCUGCCGUGCUGAACUGGACCAGCAGAGUGGACUGGACGCAUCGGGCCAGCCAGAUGUUGGCUCUCCAGCAGGACAAUGGGUCCAAACUGGUUCUAUGGGAGAAAUCAGGAAGCCUCUGGGAUGACCUGGAGGUGGUUCUGCUUCCUUCCGCUAACACUUUGGGUCAGACGGCUGAGGUCAAAGCUUUGGGACCCGUAUUCCAAAGAAGAAACUGAUGAACCACAGAAACUGCUGGGCCACUGGUUGCCAUGGUGAUACCUGUCAGCCAGUUCUAAACAGCGAGAAUCAGAACCUUCUAUGGUCCAAACAUGAACAAACAGGUUCAGUUUCUACAGAACCAAUUAGUGGGCGUGUCUUUGCUCUCCAGGCUCUGAUUGGACAGAAAUCAGGAAGUCCUCCAGCACUGAAAAUGAAACAGAAACAUGACUUAUGAAGGGUCUGGUGGUGUCGCCUGGUGAGUUGCUGCUCAGGGUGAGAUUGGCAUCGUUCCUGUUUCGACAGAAAAUGGAAACAAAAGUCUCCAUUUUUUCUGACUGAAUGUAAAAAGCUUGAAUAGAAAAAGAGACUAAUGGCGUUUUAUUUGGAGCGGCGAAAUCGGGUAUCGGUGUUUAGCAGAGUCUCUGGUGAUUCAUCCAGGUAGGAGUCCAGAGACUUAAUAAACCGGCACGCUGUGGAGGGUUUAAAAGCUGCUUAAUGACGUAAGGGCUGCUCCAGUUCUGACCAGCAUUUUUCCUCCAGUACUCCAUUCUCCCCAACAACCAUCAUGAGUGAGCCAUGCAGUGAUUGUGCAAGUCCCACUUUCUCCACAUUAUAAGCGCAUGUUUGGUUCAUUAGCUGCAGCCUGUCGCUCUGCUGACGCGCCUCCAGUCCGUUGCCGGUUAGUUUCCUCUCAACAACAAGAGAAGCUGAAACAGUCUGACAGCAGUGGCUGUCAGUGAUUCUCUUCUUCAUUUAGCUCACACACAGAGAAACAGCAAACUGCAGACGCAGCUAAUAAUCAUGUUGGUCAUCAGCAACUGGAGAAAGCAGUUGCUGAUCACCCCUAACCUUCAUCCUAUUGAACAUGAUCUGCAGACUUCAGCAGGUGUUUUGUGCUGACAGAUGACUCACACGAUGACAAAACUUUAUGCUAACAAACAACACCUGACCUUAGCCAUUGAGUCGCUGCUCGAUCCAUCGGGCCGAGGUGUGGCUCAGCUGGUGCUGUGUCCUCUUCCUUCAGCUUUAGCUUCAUUCCUUCUCCUUAAAUCCAGGGUUCCAGGUGUUCCAGACAUCUGUCCUCCCUUCCUGUUUACUUCCACAGCGCUCCUCACCUUCACUGCAGAGCAGAUCUUUGCAGUGAAGGAGGUUAAAUAUUAGCUGCAAAUUCAUUCAAAGACCCCAAGAAAACUAUGCGAUUACUGAGCGAUAACCAGACAGUGCUGAGUUAGCUUCCAUACAUGGUGUUCAAAUUAAUCAUCUGCUUUCAUUUAUGCAGCCUGUGGGAUGUACGGAAAGCCAUGUGGCUCAAAAUUCAUCCACUUGUCAACAGCUGGUGGAGUCUGCUAAAGGUGGAUAAACAUCCUUUAGUUGUAUGGAAGUGGAACUGCUGGGAGUAAGCUCAACAAUAACUGGAAUUUCCAGACAACUCCGGUUCUUGUUGUGGGUCGGAUAACGCUGCUUCAGGAUGCUAAUUAAAGCUCUCUGACAAUGAUUUUAGCGUCUUAAUGUCCAAAAAGAAAGAAAAAAAAGCAUCCUUCAUUAAUUGCUGGGCUUCACGCUGCACGGCACAUAUACUGUUAUACCACAGAAGAAGAGUUUCACGUUUAAAGCAGCUGAGAUGCUGCUUUAAACUGAAAUGAACAUUUUUUUUGUUUUUAAGGUCCUCCCCCUCUUUCCUCUCCUCGACCCGGUUGGAUCGGAUGCUGCUGUUCCCGCGGGUCGUGUAGUAGAAGGUCUGUGCUCGCCCAGUGAAGAGUUGUCAGCUUUGAUGAUGCUUGAGGGGAGAGGUGGGGUUGUGCUGAGAUGCCAGUACACAGCCAUCAAACACAAUCAAUAUUUCUCAUUUGAUCAGUAAAAUUAGUCCAAAUAUGUCUGAUGUUUACCCAAAAGUUCUGUUGUUAUACCAAAGCGUAAUCCUGGAUGUCACUGAUCAAUAAUCAGUUGAAACUAAUCCCAACUAUAAACUUGAAAGUCUUGGAUUUCCUAAAAGCCGAAUCCAAACUGUUAUUUAUGAAUCAGGACUAAAUGUCUUAAAAGUUCCUUUAUAAAACCCUUCAUGAGAUCCUCCACAAGCUACAGAUAUUUGGGAAUCAGCGGUCUGAUGGCUUUUAAUUUCUUCAUGUAGUCUGUCUGAACCUUAGAGCGCUCCAGUCAGAUGAGCGGAUGAAUCACUAAACUGUGAUAAGACAUCUAGUUUCACUGUGACAGACUUUGGACAAACGGCCAAUCACAUUCUACUGAAUGUUUUGUACAAUUUUGCUGAUCACUGUUGAAGCUUUGUGGUGAUGAACAGUCCAGACCCUGGACGCAUUUUCAAGGGGAGACAAAUAAGAAUAAUGUGAAAAUCGUUUUUUUCUGUGUGCCAUUUUUCCACAAUUAGUUGGAACGCAUUAAUGUUCAAAUAAAGAAUGAACUUUC